AUGAAGGAGUAUAGUCGGUCGACUGGGCUGAUCGCCUUCGCGCUUGUCUACUUGACCUUCUUUUUGGAUAAUGUUUUGCUUACUGUGCUCGUGCCCAUCAUCCCGGAUUGGGUGCGCGGCGAGUCUCUGGAGCUGUGGUCGCAGCACGGCGCGCCGCUCGCCGCGCUGCUCAACUCCACCGUGCGCCGCGACGACGGCGCGGGCGCGGGCACGCGGCAGGCGGAGGUGGGCGCGGUGCUGGGCGCGAAGGCGGCCGCGCAGCUGGCGCUGGCGCCCGCCGCCGCCGCGCUGGCCGCCGCGCGCGGGCCCGCCGCCGCGCUGCGCCUGGCCACCGCGCUGCUGGCCGCCGCCGCGCUGGCCGAAACCAAACCGUGGGAAAAAUCCAACGACCUCGCCGAUUAUAAUGUACCUGAUAAUAAUAUGUUGGACCUGGAGACGAAGAAACCAUCUAGGAUAAUCUCAGUCCAUCUCCCGUUCUCUAACGUAGUUGAAAAUAUUUUGUUCGGGUGGUGCGCGGGCGGCGGGCUGGGCGGCGGCGCGCUGUGCGCGGGCGCGGGGCGGGCGGCGCAGGGCGGCGGCGCGGCGCUGGGCGGCGUGGCGGGGCUGGCGCUGGCGGCGCGCGCGCUGCCCGCCCCGCGCCGCGCCCGCGCGCUGGGCGCGCUGCUCGGGGCCGUCGCUCUCGGAGUGUUAGUGGGUUAUCCCUUCGGAGGCACGGCGUACAAGCUGUGGAGCCUCGCCGCGCCGUUUCAACUGAUUGCAGUCGCUCUGCUGAUCAACCUCGGUGAAUAUGUGGCACUUCUCCAGGACACAUUCGAGACGGAAAAUCCGGACGGCACAGCGACGAGAAAGAGAGAAAGGAUUGAGGGUGCGGGAGGCGUGGUGAGUGGAGCGCGUGUGAUGUGGGCGGAAGCGCGGCGCGGGGCGACCGGGGCCUGCGCGGGCGCCGUGCUGCUCACCACCUGCGUCAUGGCGGCGCUAGAGCCCUGUCUGCCGCUCUGGAUAAUGGAGAAGUUCCAGCCUGAGCGCUGGGCGCUCGGCUGCGUGUUCCUGCCCGACAGCGCGGGCUACCUGCUGGCGGCCAGCUCGCUGGGGGCUCCGGCGCGGCGGCUGGGGCCCGAGCGCGUGGCCGUCACCGCCGUCGCCGCCGUCGGCCUCGCCGCGCUCGCCGUGCCGCACGCGCCCUCGGAAGCCAGCAACAAUGUAGAGCAAUUUGGUCACAGCGAAGAAGGAAUCAUUAAAAAGAAGAUUAGACCAGUUAGACUGUUUCUUUGCCUUUAUGCCACUACCUGGCCACAUGGUGAGGCGCGUCGGCAGGUGGGCUGGCUGGCGGCCCCGCAGGCGCUGCUGGGCGCGGGGCUGGGCGCGGCGGACGCGGCGCUGCUGCCCGCCGUGCUGGCGCGCCGGCCGCGCGCGCUGCCGCACCGCGCCGCGCUGCUGCAGGCCGCCUCCAGCGCCGCCUACGCUAUAGGUCCGGUGGCGGGCGGGCUGGUGUCGUGGGGCGCCGGCUUCGAGACAGCGCUCCGUGCUCUCGGCGUCGCCAACCUGCUGUACGCCGCCGUGCUCUACCGAGCUCUGUCCGCGGACCCGCUGUCUGAGCAGUGGGGCGCCAGCGCGACGCCGGAGGACAGCGACGAGGAGGGCGAGGAGAUGACACCGCUUGAGCCGGCGAAUUACGCGUUGCGCUAA